AACUCUCCGUCUUUUUCUAUCAGUCGCUUUUUUUCUUGUUUAUAUGGAUAUUUAAUGGCAGACAUGUCUCCAGUAGAAACGGACGGUCUGUCUGUCACUCAUUCUUUCCAGGGGACAGGACCCCCUGAUUUGCGUUUGAUUCAUUAUAAUGAUGUCUACCAUGUCGAAGCUGGAUCUGCAGAGCCAGUCGGUGGAGUUCCUCGAUUCCAAUCCGUAAUUAAUCACUACCGAUCUCACCCUCGUUUUGCCGGACUGCCUGAUAUCCUCACCUUCUUUUCUGGCGAUGCCUUCAACCCGAGCCUUGAAAGCUGCGUUACUAAGGGAAGGCAUAUGGUGCCUUUCCUGAAUAAAGCUGGCACGGAUGUGGCCUGUGUCGGUAACCAUGAUCUUGAUUUUGGUGUCGCGCAGCUCCGACAUUUACGAAAUCAGUGCAAGUUUCCUUGGCUACUAGCGAAUGUCUUGGAUCCAGCUUUGGGAAAGGAUGUUCCUAUCGCCAACUGUGAGAGGACCUGUAUGUUGACCUCGUCAAAUGGGAUCAAAGUUGGUGUGAUCGGACUAGGCGAGAGGGAAUGGCUAGGAACAAUAAACGCCCUUCCUCCCGAUUUAAUAUACAAAUCCGCAACGAAGACGGCGCUCGAACUCGUUCCACGCCUCCGUGAACAAGGUGCAGAGAUAAUUGUAGGAGUGACACAUCAACGUGAACCAAAUGAUCAUAAAUUGGCAGAGAAUCUUCCCUCGGGCAUGAUUGAUAUCAUCCUUGGAGGCCACGAUCAUUUCUACGCUCACGCCGUCAUCAACAACAUUCACAUCCUUCGAUCCGGUACCGAUUUCAAACAGCUAAGUUACAUCGAGGCGUGGCGCAAGGAUGACGGCUCUGGCUGGAAUUUCGAUAUAACCCGUCGAGAUAUGGUCCGAUCGAUCCCCGAGGACCCGGCUACUGUAUCGCUUGUUUCACGACUGACGUCAUCUCUUAUGGCAAAGUUGGAGAAGCCAAUCGGUUAUACAACUCUCCCGUUAGAUGGGCGAUUUUCGACAGUCCGUCAAAAAGAAUCCAACCUUGGAAACUUUGUAUGCGAUCUGAUGCGGCAUUAUUAUCAAGCAGAGUGUGCCCUCGUGGCCGGAGGCACUAUGCGCGGCGACCAGAUCUACCCACCAGGAGUACUACGGCUCAAGGAUAUGUUGAACUGUUUUCCAUUUGAAGAUCCGGUAGUCUUGCUCCGUAUUCGAGGUAAGGCACUCCUUGACGCAUUGGAGAACGGGGUCAGUCAGCUUCCUGCCAUGGAGGGCCGGUUCGCGCAGGUAUCCAACAUUUCCUACGGGUUUAAACUAUCCGCUCCCUCGGGGUCCCGCAUCACCUGGGCCAAAGUUGGCGGCAAGCCUAUCGAUCUGGACCGGCGCUAUGUUUUAGCUACGAGAGGGUACGCAUCCCGCGGCAAGGAUGGGUUCUCGUCAUUGUUAGUACAAAGUGCGGGUGGCGAAGUAGAGGAAAUCAUCUCAGAGGAAAACGGCGUAUUGAUCAGCACCAUUAUUCGACAAUACUUCCUUAGUUUGAGGGUCGUGGGUAGAUGGCAAGGAUUUACCCAGAGCAUGACCCGACACUGGGAUACUGUGCACAAGAACCUACACUGCAAUGGUUACUUGAAACCUCCAUCCGCUCAUCCAUCACCAGUUUCCGAGAAGGUGCCCGUUCGACCUCAACGACCGGCCUUAAACCGGUCAACGCAAUACCAUUACGGUCGGUUCCGAGACGAAAUCGAUACAGUGGAAGAAAACGGAGCAGAAAAUUCCGCGGAUCAAAUGGAUUCGGACUCAGACUCGGAUCCGGAGAUCUUAACGUCUCCACAGCCAUUGACCAACUACGUUACACUUCCAGCCAGGUCAUCAGCAGAAGAAGAACGCCGCCUUCGCCUUGCACGGAUGGUUGUGCGUAAAUGGAUGCGCAAGACUGGUUUGAAGCCAUCGGUAGUCAGCACGGUGGAUGAGGCUAUGGAGGGCGUCAUUCCAACGUGGACGCCAGGCAUCUCGCCCCGAUUGGAGGGAAGGAUUGUGAAUGAGGAUGAGUAGUUUGGGAUAUUGGACAGUUACAUAUAUUUCUUGGCAUUAUUGAUAUCUUAUGAUAGAUUUUGAUAUGGCUUAUGAUAGUAUAAGAUAGGACUUGAUAUAAGAGAUGAAAUGAAUAUAU